GAGUAAAUACGCAAUAAAUGAAAGUAUGACGCCCAACAUAGGAAAUCAAACAAAUGUCGUUCUGCCUGUACUUUUGAGCAUCUUGUUUGCAUUUGUAGGGGGAAGUGUGACUCUUACUAUGUUAAGUGAUUUUGCUGACAAAGGAAGCAUGAGGUGUAACAGCAAGGCCGUGUUGAUGUGUAAGGUUCAACCAUAUUCAGUUGCAAUGACAUGGGAGAUAGAUGAACGACCAGCUGCUGACUGCACGUUUGGUUCAUGCAAGACUUAUAUAACCAAUAUGGUAAACUAUGCGUUUUCCUUUGAUACAAGCAAGGGGAUAUUCAAUAUUACCUUGCAUCCAGUGACAUUUUCUGACAACGGGAGGACGUUCAAAUGUGACGAUGGAUCUACUUCUGCUUAUAUCAAGGCAUUGGUAAAAGUUGUACCUGAUAACAGUGCUACUACUAUCACCUCUUUGAAAGGUUCGUCCUUUACUGAAAUAAAAGCAAGGACAGGAUGCCUUCAUCCGAGUUCAAGUGUAACGUUUGAAUGGUAUUAUUUCAAGGAUGGAGGCGAUCCAGUGGUAUAUACGGAAAGCCAGUCCAGUCAAGAAACUGACGAGUAUGGCUGUACAGGCGGACCUUGUGGCGGGAAAGGGGUUGUCAAGGUAACAAGUACUCUCAACAUAAAAGAAGAUCCUGACGGAGAGGAAUAUUAUUUCCAGGUUCUGGUGAAACAUCUUGAUAAAACAGAUAUCAUAGUGAGGGCAAACAAGCCUUUUAAACUGAAAGGAAAGGACGACGUUGCAACUAGUACAGUUCCUCCUGUCCGUGAUUCAAGUCGAGCUGAAAAGGCUGAAUUGAACAUAGAACUCAAGUUUCUGUCUCUUUUUGUGGCAUUCUAUUUAAUAACGAGCUUUGAUGGGUCAAUUCUAUGUCGCUAAGAUUGUGUACAAAUGCUUUUAAAUGUUCUACAGAGCAAAUCCAGGAAAACACAUGGACGUACUUGAAUCUGUGAUAAUGCGGCUGCUUUUUCUCUAUUUACCACAUUUUGCAUGUUAUUUUUAUCUAUUCAUAUCUAAUAUUGCCCUAAAGAUCACUUUGAACAGAACUUUGACUCUAAAGUCCACGAGUUUCAUGUAAAUGUACAUUUUUAUUUAUAUGUUCUUUUCUUUUUGUGUUUUAUACGUGUUUUACCGUCGUGAUAUAGGCUUUGUAAAAGGCGCGUUUAUUGUUGCGAUAUGAAAGCCUAUUUCUAGCAACAUAAAACAUAAAUAAUGCAACAAUACAUAUAUGAAAUAUAAACAAAGGUGCUUCCGAAAACUGGGAAUGACUCAUUAUUGUCAAACUACCUUCCGACAGUCUUUAAAAAGUUUAUUAUAAAUGAUAACUAUAUCAAACAGUCAAGAUUAAAUGAUUUUGCCGAAAAGUAUCAGUGCACAACAGCAGGCUUCAUUAAAUGUUGCUACAAAGGAGAAAUCGUCAACCUCUUGUAUUGAAUAAUUGAUACAGCUGGAAAAAUUACAUUUCCGGUUUACUGUUUGUCUCCGAUUUCAUAAAGGCAUUUUACAGCUUAGAUCAUAACUUCAUUUUCAAAUGCUUAAAUCACUUAAACUUUGGCCAAACUUUCAUAUGUUUGAUUAGCUUCUUCUACUAAAAAGGAAACAGUGUAAUUAUUAACAAUCGUUAUAUGUCUUAAGCCUUCCCUGUCGAAAGUGAUGUUCGACAAGGACGUCCUAUGUCGUCGUCUCAUUUAUUGUCGAGCCCGCUUGCGGUGAUCUCGAUAUAGUCGCAACUUUCGGUGUAUGUGCGUCCGUGCGUCCGUCCGAUUUUGUCCGAACCAAAACUUUGACAUGCAUGAACCAAUCUUGUUUAUAUUUGGCAUGAAUGUUAACCUCAAUUAGAAGGCGUGUCAAGUGCAAACCCCAUGUUCCUAUCUCAAAGGUCUAUGUCACAGUUGGAGGUCAAAUGUCAAAUUUAAGUUUGUCCGGAGCAUUUUUUCUUCAUGCAUGGUGGGAUAUUGAUGUAACAUGACAUGAAUGUUCACCAUUAUGAGACGGAAUGUCAUGCGCAAGAAGCAGGUUCCUAGGUCCAAGGUCACUUAUCAAGUAAUAUCGCAAAAGAUAACUGAUAAAGAAUUCAAACAAACUCUUUUGUAGAUGAUACAACAAAAUCUUAAACGGCCAGUACGAAAUUUUUGAAAGACUAUUAGAAAAAAUAAAUGAAUCUUGGUUUAAUUAAAUACAUCGAAAUCCACAUUACGAAGAAUAUGGUCUCUAAAACACAACUAUAUUAUAUUGCCCUAAUAAGGAAUAAUAUGUGCAUCAGACCCAGCAAAAGCUCUUGGAAUGAACUUUUGCAAUUAUAAUGAUAGUAAUAUAUCAUUUCAAACUUUGAACCAACACUGAAAAAGAUCAAAAACUGUUUAAAGCAAUGGCAACACCACAAAUUGACAAUCUAAGGAAAGGUAAAAGUAGUAAAACUGAUUCUCUAUCAAAGCUAGUAUAAGCAUUUACAGUUUUGCCCCCGAACAUUAUAAUAGAUAUUUACUAUUCUAUAUUUAGUUUUAUAAGGGAUAACAAACCAGAAACAACAACAAGAAAUACUCUUAUCCAAAAUCAUGAAAAUGGAGGACUUAAGCCCACUGAUGUGCAUACAUUCUAAAACUGUAUCAAAGCAUGUAGGGUUAAAUGGUUAUUUAGAGAAAACAAUACAGGACCUUGGAAAUAUUUUAUGAAUCAAACAAAUUUAUUCAUCAUAGACUGACUGCUUUAAUCAUACAUGCAUACAUGUUUAGCAAUUCAUACAUAUUACACCAGUACUUAUGACUGUCAAUAUACAUGUUGAAAUCAGAAGUGUAUAGUGGAAACUGUAACUUAAUAAUUACGUGUUACAACUCUCUUUAUAAAUAAAUAACUCUGUUCUACA